AUGUUGAAAAUCUUCUCCAAAAAACCAAAGCCAAAAGAGGUUCUUCGAGAGAGUAAACGAGAAAUGGCCAACGCCACUAGAGGUAUAGAGAAGGAAAUUAGAGGAUUACAACUUGAGGAGAAGAAGCUAGUUGCUGAGAUAAAGAGAACUGCUAAGACGGGUAAUGAGGAUGCGACUAAAAUUCUAGCGCGCCAGUUAGUCCGGCUUAGGCAACAAAUUUCUAAUCUUCAAAGUAGUCGAGCUCAAAUGAGAGGCAUGGCAACUCACACACAGGCACAGUUUGCUCAAUCUUCUGUUUCUGUUGGUUUGAAAGGUGCUAGUAAGGCAAUGGAAGCGAUGAAUAAGCAAAUGGCACCUGGAAAGCAAGCCAAAGUUAUUCACGAGUUCCAGAAACAAUCAGCUCAAUUGGAUAUAACUACUGAAAUGAUGUCCGAUGCCAUAGAUGAUGUCUUGGAUGAUGAUGAAGCUGAAGAGGAGACGGAAGUUCUCACAAAUCAGGUGCUCGAUGAAAUUGGUGUGGAUCUUGCUUCACAGUUAUCAGCAGCUCCAAAAGGGAGACUCAAAACAAAGAAUACCGAAAAUGUCAGCAGCUCAGAAAUUGCUGACAUUGAGAAGCGUUUGGCAGCUCUUAGAAAUCCAUAA